CGUGCUGGACGGGGCCGAGAUCCGGGAGCCGGCCGGCCGGUCGGUCGGCCUCGGUUUAAGGAGGCAUCUUCGCCGCAGGUGAACUGAACUCACGCCGGCUCGUCUUCUUCCCCAGAAUACAUAUACUACAUACGGCGUUAUGUUUGGAAUUGAAAACUCUAGUCAGUCCAGUUGUCCAUCGAAAUUUUGGGGGUAGGGAUCCUCUUCCCCGUCUGGUCGGCUGGGCUCGAUUCGUUGCCAUACGGCCUAGACCUCGCGCGCGCGGAUCCGGCGGCGGGCCCGGAUCGAAGGGACAGUAUAAAUAGGUACUCCAUGCGAACUAGAGAUUUAAGGUCGGUGAUUGAUUGUCUCGCCGACGCCGAGCAAGCAGAAAGUUUCGAGCGAUUCGGUUCGUCAUGGCCUGCCGGCUCGCGCUCUCCAAGGUUGCGAGGCAUAAGCCGGCGAACGCGGUUUACAACGAUUUAGCUGCCGCGGCGGCGACGUCACAUCCUUCUUUCAGGGCACCUGCUGCAAAUGCAAGUAGUGGCGCAGGCAUUGUGCUUAGAAAUCUACAGCAGAGGUACCGAUCAAGCUUUGCUGGUCAGAGGGCACGGGGCGUGCACGAUGACGCCACUUAUCGAGGAAUUUUAAGUGCAGCAAGGAAGGAAGGACAUGUUAUUGGUACAGAAAGUGCACCCUUUUACAUAGUAGAGAAAGAUCUAGUUGCAAAGCAGCUCCUGCGUACCUGUGGAGGCCUUAUAGUCACCGGCGCUGUAUUCUAUGGCCUUCAUGGUUUGAACAAUGUGGGAGUUCAUCAGUCUGAAGAUCUGAAAGAAGCUCCGGAGGAAUGGAAAGAAGUGCCUACGGAUUGGAGCACAAAAUUCAGUGAUGUAAAGGGGGUUGAUGAAGCCAAAGCUGAGCUCGAGGACAUCAUAUGCUACCUACGAGAUCCCGACAGUUUCACACGCCUUGGUGGCAAGCUUCCAAAGGGUAUUCUGCUUGCUGGCCCACCGGGGACAGGAAAGACCAUGUUGGCAAGGGCUGUGGCCGGUGAAGCAGGCGUACCAUUCUUCGCGUGCAGAGGCAGCGAAUUCGAGGAGGGACCUAAAAGAAUGAGGGAGCUCUUCAGUGCAGCAAAGAAGCGAUCCCCUUGCAUAAUAUUCAUCGAUGAGAUUGACGCCAUUGCUGGGCGCAAGAAUGCAGAUGAUACAAAGUCGCGGAGGGAGAUCCUGAAUCAGCUGAUUGUUGAGAUGGAUGGAUUCAAGCAGAAUGAUGGGAUUAUAGUGAUGGCAGCAACCAACGUUGCCCAGUCACUAGAUAAAGCCAUCAUUAGAUCUGGGCGUUUUGACCGUCAUGUUCAGGUUCCUACCCCAGAUGUUGAGGGCCGGCGGCAGAUCCUUGAGGCUUAUAUGUCAAAGGUGAAAGCCAAGAGUGUGGAUGUGCUGACCAUUGCCAGGAUGACGUCUGGGUUAUCAGGUGCAGACCUUGCAAACCUAGUUAACGAUGCUGCUCUCAAGGCUUCCAGGGAUGGGGCAAAUGCUGUUGGGAUGGAUCACCUUGAGUAUGCCAGGGGGAGGAUCAUCGUGGGCAGCCAGCGCAAGUCGAUGGUGAGAUCUGAUCAUUCCAGGAAGAUGACUGCGUACCACGAGAGUGGGCACGCCAUUGUUGCUAUCCUCACGGACGGUGCUAACCCUGCCCACCAGGCCACCAUUGUGCCCAGGUCAAAAAGUCUUGGCUUUGUGGAGCCGCUGCCGCCGUUAGACAGCACGUCACGCUCGAGGAAGCAGAUGCUGGCUAUGCUGGAUGUACUCAUGGGAGGGCGGGUGGCCCAGGAGCUUAUAUUUGGAGAAGCUGGGGUCACCACGGGAGCCUUGUCUGAUCUAAGCCGGGCGACUCAGCUGGCGACAGAGAUGGUCACCAAGUAUGGUAUGAGCAAACGGGUCGGUCUUGUUUCCUAUAACAAGAAUGAUGGUGGGAAGACGGCAACCAUGAGCGGGAAAACGACAGCCUUGGUUGAUGAGGUGGUAAAAGAGUUAUUGGACAACGCUUACAAGAACGCGAAAACAAUUCUCACCAAGCACGAAAGGGAGCUUCAUGCACUAGCAAACUCCCUCCUGAAGCAUGGAACUCUCAGCGGUGAUGAGAUCAGGAAAUUAGUGUCGAAAGAAGGACAAGGACGUGGACUUAGCAGUUGUCAGCAGAAUCAGGAAGCAUCUCCUCUCACUGGCGACAAAAUCAUGAAACCAAUAUCGACGCAAGUACAAGCUAGUGGGCUUAAAAAUGGCCAGCAGAAUCCGGAAGCAUCUCCUCCUCUUGCCGGCGACAAGAUCACAAAGCUAGUGUCCACAGAAGGACAAGCAGGUGAACUUAACAAUCAUCAACGGAAUCAGGAAGCAUCUCCUUCUUUUGCUGGAGAUAAGAUCACGAAACAAGUAUCCACACAAGGGCAAGUAAGUGGACUUAACAAUGGUCGGCAGAAUCAGGAAGUAUCUCCUUCCCUCACUGGCAACAAGAUCACAAAGCUAGUAUCGACAGAAGGACAAGUAGGUGGAGUUAACAAUGGUCAGCAGAACCAGGAAACAUGUCCUUCUCUCGCUGGUGACAAGAUCACGAAACCAGUAUCCACACAAGGAAAGGGAGAUGAUCUUAACAAUAGCCAGCCUGAUCAGGGAACACCUUCUUCACCCUAUCUCAAGAGAGCAGUGUUUGGUAUCCUGUGCAGACCCCACCCCGCUCGCAGCCAAGCUGGUGGCGCGGGCGAUGAGCUCGGCGAGGAACUGCCGAAGCGUGGCUCGUCCCGGAUCUGCGACGGGACUGCCGCGUCGCUGCCGUGCGACCAAGGGAGCGAGGCCUUUGAAAGGAGCCUGCUCUUUAUGGUCGCAAAGAAUCUUGCGAGGCUUAGAACGGCAAAUGUGAUUUACAACGAGGUAGCUGCGGCGGCAGCGACGUCAGCUCCUUCUUUCGGGGCACCUGCUGCAAAUACAAGUAGCGGCGCAGGCAGUGUGCUUAGAAAUCUGCAGCAGAGGUACCAAUCAAGCUUUGCUGGUCAGAGGGUACGAGGCAUAUACUCUGGCGCUGCUUCUCGAGCAAGGGAGAAAGGAUGCGCUCUUGGUACGGCUAGUGCACCCUAUUAUGUUGUAGAGAAAACUCUACUUAAGAAGCAGCUUCUGCGUACUGCUGGAGGCCUUGUAGUUACUGGUGCUGCAAUCUAUGGCCUUCAAACAUUGGAGGAUGUCCAAGCUGGCACGUUCGAAGCUUUGAAAGAAGUGCCUAGGGAUUCGGGCGCAAAAUUAAGUGAUGUAAAGGGGGUUGAUGAAGCCAAAGCUGACCUUGAGGACAUAGUUCAUUACUUACGAGAUCCCAAGAGUUUCACACGCCUUGGUGGCAAGCUUCCGAAGGGCAUUUUGCUUGUGGGCCCACCUGGCACAGGGAAGACCAUGUUGGCAAGGGCUGUGGCUGGGGAAGCCGACGUCCCUUUCUUCGCGUGCAGUGGAAGUGCUUUCGAGGAGAUGUAUGUGGGUGUUGGGGCUAAGAGAGUGAGGGAGCUCUUCCGUGCAGCAAAGAAGCAAUCUCCUUGCAUAAUAUUCAUCGAUGAAAUCGAUGCGGUUGGUGGGCGCAGAAACUCUGAAGAACCAACGUGGGCGAGGCAGACCCUUAACCAGCUGCUUGUUGAGAUGGAUGGCUUCAAGCAGAAUGAUGGGAUUAUAGUGAUCGCAGCAACUAACUCCCCCCAGUCACUAGAUAACGCCCUUGUCAGGCCUGGACGUUUUGACCGUCUAGUUCAUGUUCCUAUUCCAGAUGUUGAGGGCCGACGGCAGAUCCUUGAGGCAUAUAUGUCAAAGGUGCUGAAAGCCAAGGGUGUGGAUACAAUGACCAUCGCGAAGGAGACACCUGGGUUGUCAGGUGCAGACCUUGCAAACCUAGUGAACGACGCUGCUCUCAAGGCAUCCAGGGAUGGGGCAAAUGCUGUUGGGAUGGAUCACCUCGAGUAUGCCACAGAAAGAAUCAACAUGGGUACCGAGCGCAAGUCGAUGGUGAUAUCUGAUCGUUCCAGGAAGAUGAUUGCAUACCACGAAGGUGGGCACGCCCUUGUUGCUAUCCUCACGGAUGGUGCUGAUCCUGUUUACAAGGCCACCAUUGUGUCCAGGGGAAAUGCUCUUGGUAUGGUGGCGCAGUUGCCAGGGGAAGACGAUGGGCUCCAAAUCUCGAGGAAGCAGAUGCUGGCGAUGCUGGAUGUCUGUAUGGGUGGGCGGGUGGCCCAGGAGCUUAUAUUUGGAGAAAUUGGGGUCACCACGGGCGCCUCGUCUGAUCUAAGUCAGGCGACUCAGCUGGCGACAGACAUGGUCACCAAGUAUGGUAUGAGCGAGCGGGUCGGCCUUGUUUCCUAUGACAAGAACGGCGCUGGGACCAUGAGCGGGAGAACGGAAGCCUUGGUUGAUGAGGUGGUAAAAGAAUUAUUGGACAAUGCUUACAAGAACGCGAAAAAGAUUCUCACAGAGCACGAUAAGGAGCUUCAUGCACUAGCAAACUCCCUCCUGAAGCAUGGAACUCUCAGAGGUGCUGAGAUCAUGAAACUAGUGUCGGCACAACAAGUAGAUGGUCUUAACAACGGCCUACAGAAUCAGGGAACACCUUCUCUCGCUGGUGAUCAGAUCACAAAACAAGUACCAACAGAGGGACAAGUAGAUGGCCGUAACAGUAGUCAGCAGGAUCAGGAAACAUUUCCUUCUCUUUCUGUCUCUGGUGACUUGACCACGAAACAAGUACCGACAGAAGGACAAGUAGAUGGUCUUAACAUUAGUCGGCAGGAUGAGGGAACACCUUCUCUCAAGGGAGAUGCAACCACGAAACAAGCGUCGACACAAGGACAAGCAUGUGGACUUAACAAUGGUCAGCAGAAUCAAGAAACAUCUCUCGGUGAUGACAAAAUCACGAAACCAGUGUCGACGGAAGGACAAGCAGGCAGACUUAACAAUGGUAAGCAGAAACAGGAAACACCUCAGUCUCUUGCUGGUGACGAGACCACGAAAUCAGCAUCGACACACCCACAAGCAGAUGGUCUUAGCAAUAGUCAGACAGAUCAGGGAACACCUUCUUCGUCCUAG